AUGGAUGUGAAGUUGGCAUUGCCCAGGAGACACAGCGAAUUCAGCAGGCAGCAGUGCGGGAGGCGUGACGAUGCUUGCUGGUGGUGUCACCUGAGGCAGGGUGACCUGUGCAGGCAGCAAGCACAGGGCAACAAGGCUUCUAGUACAAAUACUACAAGUUUUAGGAACCUGUCAGAAGCCUGUUGUGUGGGAACGAGAACGAAAGAGAAGCCCUCCAAGACAUCGUGGAGAAGAAGAAGAGGAAGAAGUAAAGAACCAGGAGAAAGGGACAGACAGCCAGAACUGGCUGUGGCAGGAACAAGGGAGCAGGGGGAAAGGGUAAAGGAGAGAUGGGACUUCAGGGGCAUUUGUGAAGGCUUGAAACAAUGGAAGCAGCUCCGAAAUAAAAAGCAGAACAGGGAGUCCCUGCAGUCCGCCUGGUACAAUGUGUGCAGGUGUGGUGCCCCCUGGAGGUGGAAAUCACUGAUGAUAAACAUGCUCCCCCAUGGCCUUGCUCACACGUGCCGGGCCAUCGAGGAGGAGCAGGACAACGACAGAGAGGAGAGGAUCUUGGCUAUCCUGGGAAUAGUUGGCACCAUUCUCAACCUGCUGGUGGUCAUCUUUGUCUACAUCUACACCACCAUCUGAAGACUGGAGUGGGACACGAAAAGCCAUCCAGAGAUUUGAGAAGGAAGGAAAUCAGACUGGAAAGAUUCAGUUUGUGUAUACACUCAGUGAGGACAGGAGAAGAUGAGAAGAAUGGACUAAUGGACUACUUCAUUUGCCAAAAAAUGUGUAUUCACAAUCAUCAUUUAUGCAAAGUAAAUCUGAAUAGUGUCCACCAUUUUCACCAUUAAUUUAAAAAGACCCCAAUUUAAACUCUCAUUAUUACCUUUAAAUGCUUUACCUACUAAGUUAUGCUGUAAAUAUUUGACCAUGGCAUGGCAUCCUAGUAUAUUUCUCAUGGCAUGGCAUUCUAAUAUAUUUCUUAUGCAACUGAUUUAACAUUUUAGAGACGGUUAAGUGUUCGCCAGCUUUAACGACAACCCUUUCAACACGAAGCACUGCAGAUAAUGGAGGCAUCUGCUCAGGAGACAGCUGCAACACUUGCUGGAUGUCUUACUUUGAGCAAAUCUGGUGAAAGGAGGGACAUUUCCCUGAAAUAUGCAAACAGGACAGCAUACGUUGGCUCCAUCUGCAAUACUAAAGGAAUAAAUCUCAACAUGUACUUUAUACUUAAUGAGCUUUUCUCAAUUAACAAAGUUGACAAAACAUGAUAUUGAGAUUCCUAUAUGGAAGACAUGCUAAGAGGCAAACUUAGCUUCUUUGGUUUACAGUAUAUGGUUAUUCCUAUGCCUAAGCAGGAUCUGUAGAUGUGUUCAUGCUUUGCAUCAUUCAAUGGGCAGAAAAGUGGAUUAUUUUGGAUGUUCUGUUUCACAUGGCUUUUCUAUAGCUUUAUCAAACCAUUAAAAUGGAGGUAAAGUUUGCACGGUAUUAUAAGCACCUAAAGCAAAACGGAAUGGAAUAAAGUUACAAAGAAUUGCAAA